CUAAGUUUUUACAAAGUAAACAAGACGCAAGUGAAAACUAGGCGCUGACAAUUUAGUUAUUUUGUUUUAAAUAUGAAUUCGAAAGUGUAUAAGUGGUGUGGGGUCCCGCAGUGUAAGAACACAUCCAUAAAAACUCCUGAUAAGUUAUUUGUGUACGUUCCUCAGAAUAAAACAAUACGAAACAAGUGGCUUAAACUUGCAAGGCGAGAUUUAAAAACAGCCCCCUGUACUCAACUUUAUUUUUGUGAAGAUCACUUUGAUUUACCAAAAGAUAUGGAUAAUUAUAUGGAAUAUCAUUUGAUGGGGUCGGUGUCACAGAUCCGCAUGAAGCAGGGGUGUAUGCCCACUAAAUUUGAAUGUCAACCAGACCGAAGAAAACGAACAUCAGAUGCUACAGAAAGACCGUAUAUUCUCAAAAAACAAAGAAAGACAUUAAUAGAAGAAUGUCAGAAAGAUUUAGUAGAAAUAAGCACUAAACAGGUGAAACUUGAAGAGAUGUCAUAUGGAAGUACAGCUUCUCAAGCAUCCAUAAGCAAUAUUUCACAAGAAAAUGCGCCUAAGACGGCAGAUAAAUCAAUUCAAGUAAACAUUAAACAUAAGUUUAGAAGUAAAGCCACCCAAACAAAACCUAAUACAGUAAACGAUAUGACAUCACCUUUGAAACCUUUUAGACGAUCUGUAUCUACAUCACCAUUUAAAGUUAAAAAUAAGAUUACUGCUGAACCAUCAAUGUCCAACGUACAGAAAUUACUCAGGAUAAAGGAAGAAUCUGAUAGUGAUACUUCAUGUUAUUCACCAUCUGUAACGCAGAGAGAUUCAUCACCAUCAGCAAUAUUUCUACAAAUGGAGUCUACUUCAGACUGCAGGGAAUUGAUUGAAGAAGAUAAAAAACAGGUUUUAAAAAUGGAAUUUACCAUUGAGGAAAUUGAUUCCUAGGCAGUUGACAGACUAACGUCAGUGGGGCAGAUCAUGUCAAUAAAAUAUGUUACAACUUUAUAAUGUUGUAAUUGUGACCUGCCGGCUGGGUUUGACAUAGCGCGAUCAAACUACGUAGAUCCCCCAUCUGUCUAGGAAUAAACUUCUCUGAUAGUACCUACAUUGUUACAAUAAAUAUAACUAAUAAUCCACUUUCUUACAUUGGAGUUCCUAAAACCUGUUUCUACUUAAUAAAUUGAAUAUUCAUGUAAAACAUAUACUUAUAUGUUUAGCUAAUACCAAAAUAUACACUUAAUGGUUAUGUAAAGUAUUAUAUUAC